UCCCACCAGACCCAUCUUCUCUCUCCCUCCUCCCCUCACUUCACCAUAGUAUUCUUCAUCAGUGAAAGAAGCUCGGAGGGAGAAGAGGAGAGAUGGGAGAGUGGACGGCAGUACAAAACUGAACCCCAUCUCUCUCUCUCCCUCUCUUCCUGCAAGAAAUGAUGAGGUCCCUUGAGCCGGCAGCCGAGCAGAAGGCCUCAUCGUCCUUCGCUAACCUCCUCUCCAUCUUCCUCGGAGUCAGCUCCUCCGAGCCGAAGCCGAAGCGGAGCUUUGACGCAGAGGGUGUCGUCGGGCUCGGCAUCGUCGCUGCCAUGAGCACCGCACGGCUUACAGCCAAGCCGAUUGCCAUCGGCCCUGCCGCACGGCGCCGUGCCCGGGAGGAAGACCAGAUGUCCGAGAGCUACACUUGCGUCAUCACGCAUGUGGCUGGCGCCGGCGAGGGCGGUGGCAGCGUGCGGAGGCGCGUGUACUUCGGGUUUGGAGAAGGCGGGGGUGGCUGGUUCGUGGAAGCCUGUGAGGAGGAGCCGGCGAGGGAGGCUGACUUCUUGAGCCGGUGCUGCCUGUGCGGCAAGCGGCUUGAUGGGCUUGACAUCUACAUGUAUAGGGGGGAGAAGGCCUUCUGCAGCUCCGAGUGCCGGUGCCACCAGAUGUUAAUGGAUGAUCAUGCAGAAAACUGUGGAUCAAAAGCCUUCAGAGCCAACAACUACUCAGCAUCGCCAUGCUCUGCACCAAUGUCCUUCUCCCCUAGCGUCGCAGCAGCCUAGUUGACCGAACUGCGUAAUGUUCAAGCUGCUUCUCAGUUCUGUAGUAGCAGCAAAUCUAGAGAUCGAAAAGAUCAUUUAAGAGAAUGCAAAUAUAGAGUAAUUUCUAUAAAAAAAACGUUGGAACUGUGGCUUAAAUAAAAUAGGAAGAAAAUUUUGGGCCAUCCACUUCAAAAAUGUUCAGCACUUAAGUGCGAUUGCAUUUCUCUGUACCAAGCGGAGGUGAUUAGCACUUGGCAGAUAAAUUUGAUAAUGUCCUAGUCUGAAGUUUCAGAAAGAGAAGCAGUUAAUAUUGAUGCA